AGUGAUAAGAGAGAGAAAGUGGAAGCUCUUUGUAGGUGUAGAGGUGAAGAGAGAGAGAGAGGUAGGAAAGUUUAGAUUUUGAUCUGUGUGGUUGGAUUUAUGCGAGAAGGAAACCAGACCCACCUCCCAAAAGACUUGUCCCAACGAGCAACAUUAUCAUUCUCCUGUUUGCGCUCUUCUUCUUUCUCUCGUUAGGGUUUCUUUUCUUCUUCUGAAGCUCAGUGUUGUAUCAUUUGACGAAAGAGAAGGUUUUUUAAGUGUUUGUGGCGACAAUGAGAGCGGUGCAUCUUAGCACGGAGAAGUUAGCUAGAGGUUUCUUGGUGUGUUUAUGUCUGUGGGGUUUCUUCUCGCUAUCAUGCGCCGCAAGGUCAGGCGUAUCGAAGCAGAAGUUCGAAGUGAAGAAACACUUGAACAGGCUGAACAAACCUGCUGUCAAGAGCAUUCAGAGCCCAGAUGGUGAUAUGAUUGACUGUGUUCCUAUCUCAAAGCAACCAGCUUUUGACCAUCCUUUCCUCAAAGAUCACAAGAUUCAGAUGAAGCCUAAUUACCAUCCCGAAGGACUCUUUGAUGAUAACAAAGUGUCUACUACAUCAAAAGAGAAAGAAAUGCAUAUCCCUCAGUUGUGGCAUCGAUACGGUAAGUGCCCUGAAGGAACCAUUCCAAUGAGGAGGACAAAGGAAGAUGAUGUCUUGAGAGCGAGCUCAGUUAAAAGAUAUGGCAAGAAGAAGCAUAGAACUGUACCUUUACCUAAAUCUGCUGAACCUGACCUCAUCAACCAAAGUGGUCACCAGCAUGCCAUAGCUUAUGUGGAAGGAGAUAAGUACUAUGGAGCUAAAGCAACUAUAAAUGUGUGGGAGCCAAAGAUACAACAGCAGAACGAGUUCAGCUUGUCGCAGAUAUGGCUUCUUGGUGGCUCAUUCGGACAAGAUCUUAACAGCAUCGAAGCUGGUUGGCAGGUGAGCCCGGAUCUGUAUGGUGACAACAACACAAGACUCUUCACUUACUGGACUAGUGAUGCGUAUCAAGCUACUGGAUGCUACAAUCUUCUGUGUUCGGGUUUUAUUCAAAUCAACAGCGACAUAGCAAUGGGAGCAAGCAUCUCUCCAGUAUCUGGAUAUCGUAACUCGCAAUACGAUAUCAGUAUUUUGAUCUGGAAGGAUCCGAAAGAGGGACACUGGUGGAUGCAAUUUGGGAACGGGUAUGUUCUAGGAUAUUGGCCAUCUUUUCUCUUCUCCUACUUAACGGAAAGUGCAUCGAUGAUUGAAUGGGGAGGAGAAGUGGUGAACUCGCAAUCAGAUGGCCAACACACUUCAACACAAAUGGGCAGUGGUAGAUUCCCAGAAGAAGGCUUUAGCAAAGCAAGUUACUUCAGGAACAUUCAAGUGGUUGAUGCGUCAAACAACCUCAAGGCACCAAAAGGACUUGGAACAUUCACUGAACAGUCCAACUGUUAUGAUGUUCAACCCGGAAGCAAUGAUGAUUGGGGUCAUUUCUUCUACUAUGGAGGUCCUGGUAAAAACGCCAAGUGUCCUUAAACUCGGCACCAAGUAAUGUGCUGGCUUGUCUUGUGAAUUCACCGUGUUACUUUCUACACACAGUUACUCAAUCCACCUUCGGUAGUUUUAGGAAUGGUAAAAGUUAUGUAAUGUUUAGUUUUGGGGUUUGUUUGGUUCUUCUUCUCCAUAUAAGUAGAUGGGGAAGAGGAAGGUGUGGCUUAAGUUUCUUCGAAAACUUAGAAACUUUGGCCUUUAGUGUAAUCUUACAUGUCUCCUUUGUAUUGUGAUUUGUUUAAUCAAGUGAAUGAAUCUCUCUUUCUCACUCUUA